AGCUUUGGUCUUUCUCAUUCUCAUACAAACUUGAAAGAGUCAAAUAUCGCACAAUCUCGAGUCGUUUUAAGCAAUGUCUCAAACUAUCUGUUAUCUAAACUGUCAUGAGUCUGACAGAUAACUCAGAUAUGUCAAUUGUAUUGUCAUCUGUCGACCUAAAGCCUAACCUAGAUUCACUUUUCGGACUAAUAAAAAUCGAUUUAUUCAAAUGUACGGCAAUGAAAUUAAUAGCUAGGACAAACGAUCGUUUGAUUUAGAAGAGUUUUGUUUAGAGUGUAUUGGCAGUGUUCGGUGUCAUGCUGCGGGCGGUGUCGCGCCUGUGCUGCGACGGGCAAGCGCUCGAGGCGCUCGCUCGCCGGGAUGCCUACAAACUAUUCCGCUCCGCGGUGCACACUACGUCCACGGCACACAACACACAUAACGCUGCUGGUGAGCGUACAAGGAAAAGAAAAUACAAAACGACGGUGCUGACGUCGGCAGCGGCGGCCGAGCCCCCCGCGGCCUCCGCGGGCCCCGCGCCGCCCCCGCCGCGCCGGGCGCCCCCUCCGCCCCCACCGCCGCCGCCUCGGCGCUCGUGGGUCGCAGUCGCGGCCGCGGUGGCGCUUACCUCUUCACUUGGAGGAGUGUAUUAUUUCAGUAAGAUAAAAGAUGACACAACAAAGAAAGAAGUCAAAAAGUUAAAGCCGAAAGACGAGCAGGAGGAGGAGGGUCCACUGUAUCCGGCGAGCGGCGCAGAAUUACCGGCGCAUGUAGAGUUCCUCGUUGUGGGCGGCGGCACGGCGGCGUUCGCGGCGCUGCGCGCGCUGCGGGCGGCGCGGCCCGACGCGGCGCUGCUGCUGGCGGGCGCCGAGCGCGCGCCGCCCUACAUGCGGCCGCCGCUCAGCAAGGAGCUGUGGCGCCGCCCCGAGCUGGCCGCCGCCGCCGCCGACCCGCUGUCUCUCGCCUUCACGCAGUACAACGGCAAGCAGCGGCGGCUGGUGUACGAGCCGCUGUCCUUCUACACGCCGCUGGAGAAGCUACGGGAGGGCGGCGCGGGCGCGGGGCUGGCGCGCGGCUGGCGGGUCACCCGGCUGGACCUGGCCGCGCGCAGCGCCGAGCUCAGCGCGCCCGGCCAGGACCCCGCCACCGUCACCUUCGACAAGUGCCUCAUAGCCACCGGGUCGGUGGCGAAGCGCCUGCCCGCGCUGGCGCCGGCGGCGGCGGCGGGGCGCGCGCUGGCGCUGCACUCGGUGCGCGACGUGGCCCGGCUGGCGCGCGCGCUGCAGGAGCCGGGCGCGACGCGCGUGGUGGUGGUGGGCGCGGGGCUGCUGGCCGCCGAGCUGGCGGCGGCGCUGGCGGAGCGCGCGCGCGGCUCGGCGCUGGAGGUGGUGCAGCUGUGCCGCGAGGCCGCGCCGCUGGACGAGCUGCUGCCGGCCUACCUGGCGGCCGACGCGGCGCGCCGCCUGCGGGCGCUCGGCGUCACGCUGCUGCCCGACCGCGAGAUCUCCUCGAGCUCGGUGAAGGACGGGCGGGUGCACCUGCGGCUGCGGCGGGCGGGGGCGGAGGCGGGGGGGGGGGCGGGGGCGGAGGCGGAGCUGGCGGCGGACGUGGUGGUGGAGUGCGUGGGCGCCGACCCCAGCGUGGAGCUGGCGGAGCCCGCCGGCCUCGAGCUGCACCCCGAACUUGGAGGCAUCGUAGUGAACGCGGAGCUGCAGGCGCGCAGCAACGUGUGGGCGGCGGGCGACGUGGCGUGCUUCCACGACGUGACGCUCGGGCGGCGCCGCGUCACGCACCACGACCACGCCGUGCUGUCCGGCCGCCGCGCCGCGCAGAACAUGGCCGGCCGCGCGCCGCCCGAGCCCUACGCGCACCAGAGCAUGUUCUGGAGCGACCUGGGCCCGCAGCUGGGCUACGAGGUACACACACACACACCUGUCGGGACAGAACACGGCCGGCCGCGCGCCGCCCGAGCCCUACGCGCACCAGAGCAUGUUCUGGAGCGACCUGGGCCCGCAGCUGGGCUACGAGGUACACACACACACACCUGUCGGGACAGAACACGGCCGGCCGCGCGCCGCCCGAGCCCUACGCGCACCAGAGCAUGUUCUGGAGCGACCUGGGCCCGCAGCUGGGCUACGAGGUACACACACACACACCUGUCGGGACAGAACACGGCCGGCCGCGCGCCGCCCGAGCCCUACGCGCACCAGAGCAUGUUCUGGAGCGACCUGGGCCCGCAGCUGGGCUACGAGGUACACACACACACACCUGUCGGGACAGAACACGGCCGGCCGCGCGCCGCCCGAGCCCUACGCGCACCAGAGCAUGUUCUGGAGCGACCUGGGCCCGCAGCUGGGCUACGAGGUACACACACACACACACCUGUCGGGACAGAACACGGCCGGCCGCGCGCCGCCCGAGCCCUACGCGCACCAGAGCAUGUUCUGGAGCGACCUGGGCCCGCAGCUGGGCUACGAGGUACACACACACACACCUGUCGGGACAGAACACGGCCGGCCGCGCGCCGCCCGAGCCCUACGCGCACCAGAGCAUGUUCUGGAGCGACCUGGGCCCGCAGCUGGGCUACGAGGUACACACACACACACACACCUGUCGGGACAGAACACGGCCGGCCGCGCGCCGCCCGAGCCCUACGCGCACCAGAGCAUGUUCUGGAGCGACCUGGGCCCGCAGCUGGGCUACGAGGUACACACACACACACCUGUCGGGACAGAACACGGCCGGCCGCGCGCCGCCCGAGCCCUACGCGCACCAGAGCAUGUUCUGGAGCGACCUGGGCCCGCAGCUGGGCUACGAGGUACACACACACACACCUGUCGGGACAGAACACGGCCGGCCGCGCGCCGCCCGAGCCCUACGCGCACCAGAGCAUGUUCUGGAGCGACCUGGGCCCGCAGCUGGGCUACGAGGUACACACACACACACCUGUCGGGACAGAACACGGCCGGCCGCGCGCCGCCCGAGCCCUACGCGCACCAGAGCAUGUUCUGGAGCGACCUGGGCCCGCAGCUGGGCUACGAGGUACACACACACACACCUGUCGGGACAGAACACGGCCGGCCGCGCGCCGCCCGAGCCCUACGCGCACCAGAGCAUGUUCUGGAGCGACCUGGGCCCGCAGCUGGGCUACGAGGUACACACACACACACCUGUCGGGACAGAACACGGCCGGCCGCGCGCCGCCCGAGCCCUACGCGCACCAGAGCAUGUUCUGGAGCGACCUGGGCCCGCAGCUGGGCUACGAGGUACACACACACACACACCUGUCGGGACAGAACACGGCCGGCCGCGCGCCGCCCGAGCCCUACGCGCACCAGAGCAUGUUCUGGAGCGACCUGGGCCCGCAGCUGGGCUACGAGGUACACACACACACACCUGUCGGGACAGAACACGGCCGGCCGCGCGCCGCCCGAGCCCUACGCGCACCAGAGCAUGUUCUGGAGCGACCUGGGCCCGCAGCUGGGCUACGAGGUACACACACACACCUGUCGGGACAGAACACGGCCGGCCGCGCGCCGCCCGAGCCCUACGCGCACCAGAGCAUGUUCUGGAGCGACCUGGGCCCGCAGCUGGGCUACGAGGUACACACACACACACCUGUCGGGACAGAACACGGCCGGCCGCGCGCCGCCCGAGCCCUACGCGCACCAGAGCAUGUUCUGGAGCGACCUGGGCCCGCAGCUGGGCUACGAGGUACACACACACACACACCUGUCGGGACAGAACACGGCCGGCCGCGCGCCGCCCGAGCCCUACGCGCACCAGAGCAUGUUCUGGAGCGACCUGGGCCCGCAGCUGGGCUACGAGGUACACACACACACACCUGUCGGGACAGAACACGGCCGGCCGCGCGCCGCCCGAGCCCUACGCGCACCAGAGCAUGUUCUGGAGCGACCUGGGCCCGCAGCUGGGCUACGAGGUACACACACACACACCUGUCGGGACAGAACACGGCCGGCCGCGCGCCGCCCGAGCCCUACGCGCACCAGAGCAUGUUCUGGAGCGACCUGGGCCCGCAGCUGGGCUACGAGGUAACUGCUGCACACACACACACACACACACCUGUCGGGAAAGAACACGGCCGGCCACGCGCCGCCCGAGCCCUACGCGCACCAGAGGCAUGUUCUGGAGCGACCUGGGCCCGCAGCCGGGCUACGAGGUAACUGCUGCACACACACACACACACACACACACUUGUCGGGACAGAACACGGCCGGCCACGCGCCGCCCGAGCCCUACGCGCACCAGAGCAUGUUCUGGAGCGACCUGGGCCCGCAGCUGGGCUACGAGGUAACUGCUGCACACACACACACACACACACACCUGUCGGGACAGAACACGGCCGGCCAUGCGCCGCCCGAGCCCUACUCGCACCAGAGCAUGUUCUGGAGCGACCUGGGCCCGCAGCUGGGCUACGAGGUACACACACACACACACACACACACA